UAAAUUAAUUUUUAAAAUGUUAUUAAAAUUAUUAUUUUUAUUUUUUAUAUUUAAUAUUUAUUUUUAUACAACUAACGCUCGACCAGAACCUGAACCAGCCUCAACAUUUGACGAACAUGAUGGAUAUCACAUACGACCAGAAUCUGUUCGACAUCGCCGUUCAGUAAUCAACAACUUGUUAUACCACAAUGCCGACGAAGAAAAUAAUGCCGAUUUUUGGCGAACAAGAGCACAAGUAACAGUUCGUGAACAUUUAUACAAACGUAUUAACAAGAAGCGAGCAAAAAAUGUUAUCAUGUUCUUGGGUGAUGGUAUGUCCAUACCAACAUUAGGUGCCGCCCGAAUUUAUCAAGGACAGUUAAAUGGUGAAUCAGGAGAACAAUCACAUUUAUUCUUUGAAAAUUUCCCCUACACUGGCUUAAGUCAAACAUAUUGUGUAAAUGCUCAAGUUGCCGAUUCAGCAUGUUCAGCAACCGCAUAUUUAUGUGGUGUAAAGGCUAAUGAAGGCACAAUGGGUGUUACGGCUGCAGUAAAACGAAAAGAUUGUAAGGCUCAAAGUGAUCCAAACAACCAUGUUACGUCCAUUGCACAAUGGGCAUUGGAUGCUGGUAAGGCAGCAGGAAUUGUAACCACAACUCGUGUAACGCAUGCUUCACCUGGUGGAACCUACGCACACACUGCUAAUCGUGAUUGGGAAUGUGAUACUGAUAUUAUUAAGGAUAAACAAGAUCCAAGUAUUUGCCCAGACAUUGCUACACAAUUAAUUACAUCAUCUCCUGGCAAACACUACAAGGUUAUAUUGGGCGGAGGUCGUCGUGAAUUUUUACCAAUGAACGUGACUGAUGAAGAAGGUUCACAAGGCCAUCGUUCAGAUGGAAUCAACUUAAUUAAAACAUGGCAAAAAGAGAAACAAAAGGCUGGUCUUAAUGCAAAAUAUGUUUGGAAUAGAAAUCAACUUUUAGAAGCUACAGCAGAUUCGAAUUUGGAUUCACUAUUGGGUCUUUUUGAAAGUGAUCAUUGUCUUUACAAUUUAGACACAAAUAAAGAAACUGAACCUACAUUAGCUGAAAUGACUGAAGCAGCAAUAACUGUUUUAAAUAAAACUUCAAAUGGAUAUUUCUUAUUUGUGGAAGGUGGGCGUAUCGACCAUGGUCAUCAUGAAACUCGAGCUCAUAAAGCUUUGGAUGAAACCGUACAACUUUCUGACGCAAUACGAAAAGCUGUUGAAUUAAUUGACUUAGACGAUACUCUCGUUGUUGUUACUAGUGACCAUGCUCAUACAAUGAGUUUUGCUGGUUACGCAGACCGUGGAGGUGAUAUUUUAUCAUUAGCUGGAAUGGGGCAAGAUAAGUUACCAUAUUCAACGUUAAGCUAUGCAAAUGGUCCUGGAUAUAAACCUGCGUCACAUAAUGGGGGACGUCAUAAUAUUUCAGAGGAUAAUAUGUCUGCUAAAAACUAUGAAUUUCCUGCAAUAGCUCCAUUGAGCUCGGAAACUCAUGGGGGUGAUGAUGUAGGUGUAUUUGCUUUAGGACCAUGGUCACAUCUAUUCACAGGAAUGUACGAACAAAAUGUUAUACCACAUUUAAUGGCAUUUGCGUCGUGUUUGGGUGAUGGUUUAACGUACUGUGAUAUUCGUACAGGCCACUGAAAUGUUCCAUGAUUCUGUUGAUCCUUUUGAUAUCAAUGUAUUAACGCUGUGAUAAGUUUAAAAAAAUGUAUAUAAUAAUAUAAUUACAAUUGUAUGUAAAAUACUCUAGUCGCUAACAAGGAUUCUGUGGAUAUAAAAAAGUUCAAAGGGUAAAUAUGAAAGGGUAUCAAAUUCGUUCGGCAGGACAGGAAAAAACACCCUUCAUCCGAUCGAUUCAAAAAUAUAUUGUAUAGGUAAUAUCUGCUAGGUUUAGACAAAAAUUUUCCUAAAUUAUACCAUUUUCACAAUAUCGCCCCCCAAUCUAAAAGUAUAUUAACCUUACAAAAUUCUUUUUUUUUUGGUGAAUACUAUCUCGUCAAUGUCAAGGUUUUGUACUGCUUAGAAUUAACAUGCAAAAAUGGUUUUUUUGGUUUAACUUUAGGAGGCGAAAACGAUUCAGUUUAGGGAAAAAUAUUUUUCGUAACAAGUCAGUUAAUUUACAAAGAUUACGUAUAAGAAUUUGUAGUCGAUCGUAUAAAGGACAUUUUUGCAUUAGUCAAAUAAUGGUCGGAAGAUAACCGACCAGGCUGACGAGCUUGAAACCAUGAAAAAUCGGUUCUAUGGAUCAAAAAUCAUAGAAAAUAAUCUAAAUUGCGUAUCAACACCUUCAUGUCCACAAAAUUUUUGCUAGCGACUGGAAUAAAAGAGUUUAUUUAAAAAACGUUAAAGAAAAAUUUAAUUUGUUAUUA